UUGAGAAAGACGCGCAGCUCGAGUUCCGACUAUCGUCGACGCGAAGUCUUCUUCAGACACACAGAAGCAUAUCAACAGCGAAACCGUUCAUUUUAAAGCAACGUCUGUGUCUCGGAGGGAUCCGUUUUUCUUUCCUUUGUUCAGAGUUACGCGUCUCACCGACCGGCUUCGACGGGAAUCACAGGACACGGCAGCGAGCACGAGCGACAUACCGGCAAACAAAGAAACCCGUUUGUGCGCGACAUCAACCCUCAUCACCCGUUAGUUAUGAGUCAUGUGGCCGUCGAAAAUGUGCACGGUCUAGACCAGCAGCUCGCUGCCCUAGACUUGAACUCCGCUGACGUUCAAGGAGUCACUGGAAGGCGUUACAUUCCACCUCAUUUAAGGAACAAAGAAGCUUCCAAAAAUGCAGGAGCUUAUUCCUCUGGUAGACAGAGCGGUUACUCAGUGGCACCAGGAAGGAGCUAUUCUCCCGGAGGAUGGGAUAACGGACGCAGCAACGGCUUCGUGAACGGCUACCACGACGGCCGCGACACCCGCAUGAACGGGGGCAACGGCUUCGGCGGCCGCGGCCCGAUUCGCAACGACCGCGGCGGAAGAGGUGGCUACAGAGGUAAAACCGGCGGCUCCUACAACCCCAUCCAGCCAAUGCAGAGCGCAGGGUUCGGUUAUGACAACAAAGAUGGCGGUGGGUGGAAUGCCCCAAAAGACAAUGCCUACAACAGCUUCGGCGGCCGCUCUGACAGAGGCAAAUCGUCUUUCUUCAAUGACCGUGGGUCUUCAUCCAGGGGCCGGUACGAGCGUGGCGGUUUUGGCGGCGGCGGGAACAGCCGAUGGGUGGAGGACUCUAGAGAUGAUGAAGAUUGGUCCAAACCGUUGCCUCCCAAUGAGCGUCUGGAACAUGAGCUGUUCUCUGGAAGCAACACAGGGAUUAACUUUGAAAAAUACGAUGACAUUCCUGUUGAAGCCACAGGCCACAACUGUCCACAACACAUUGAGAGUUUCCAUGAUGUAGAUAUGGGAGAGAUCGUUAUGGGUAAUAUAACUCUGAGCCGCUACACACGGCCCACUCCCGUGCAGAAGCAUGCAAUUCCCAUCAUCAAGUCUAAGAGAGACCUGAUGGCGUGCGCACAGACAGGUUCUGGUAAGACUGCAGCCUUCUUGUUGCCAGUCCUGAGCCAGAUUUACACUGAUGGACCAGGAGAGGCACUUCAGGCUGUGAAGAACAGUGCACAGGAAAAUGGGAAGUAUGGCCGCCGUAAGCAGUAUCCCAUUUCGCUAGUUUUAGCCCCAACGAGGGAACUGGCUCUCCAGAUCUACGACGAGGCCAGAAAGUUUGCUUACCGCUCUCAUGUGCGGCCCUGUGUGGUGUAUGGAGGUGCUGAUAUUGGCCAGCAGAUUCGUGAUCUGGAGAGAGGCUGCCAUCUGCUGGUGGCCACGCCUGGUCGUCUGGUGGACAUGAUGGAGAGGGGCAAGAUUGGCCUGGACUACUGCAAUUACUUGGUGCUGGAUGAAGCAGACAGGAUGUUGGACAUGGGCUUUGAGCCACAGAUCCGCCGUAUCGUCGAGCAGGACACCAUGCCGCCCAAAGGGCUUCGCCAGACCAUGAUGUUCAGUGCCACCUUCCCCAAGGAGAUCCAGAUCUUGGCUCGUGACUUCCUGGAGGACUACAUCUUCUUAGCAGUAGGCAGGGUUGGAUCCACCUCUGAGAAUAUCACCCAGAAGGUGGUGUGGGUUGAAGAAAAUGACAAGAGGUCCUUCCUUCUCGACUUGCUCAACGCCACAGUUAUUCCGAAUGAGGUUCAGGACAGUACGGGGGAGAGCGUAGAAAAACCUGGUAAAGACUCUUUGACUUUGGUGUUCGUUGAGACCAAGAAGGGAGCGGACGCUCUCGAGGACUUCCUGUACCGCGAAGGUUACGCCUGCACCAGUAUCCACGGCGACCGCUCCCAGAGAGACCGAGAGGAAGCGCUCCACCAGUUCCGUUCAGGGAGGUGCCCCAUCUUGGUUGCCACGGCUGUGGCCGCUCGCGGUCUGGACAUCUCCAACGUGAAACACGUCAUUAACUUCGACCUGCCGAGUGACAUCGAGGAGUACGUCCACCGCAUCGGGCGUACCGGUCGCGUGGGCAACCUCGGUCUUGCCACGUCGUUCUUCAAUGACAAGAAUGGCAACAUCACCAAGGACCUGCUGGACAUCUUGGUGGAGGCCAAACAGGAAGUACCAUCCUGGCUGGAGAGCCUGGCCUAUGAGCACCAGCACAAGAGUAGCAGCCGCGGGCGCUCCAAGAGGUUUUCUGGCGGAUUUGGUGCCAGAGACUACCGUCAGACCAGUAACAACGCCAGCAGCGGAGGCUUCGGGAGUCGCGGCGGCCGCAACACCGGCGGUCAUGGUGGCAACCGUGGAUUUGGCGGUGGUAAGGGUGGCUUCGGUAACUUCUACAACAGUGACGGCUAUGGAGGAAACUACUCCCAGGUGGACUGGUGGGGAAACUAAGACUCGUUCCUUCACCUCUUCACUCCCCACGACGACAGUGGAUCACCAUGCCAAACUCACUGAACGGAAACCACAUGUACCAUAGCCAGACUAUAUACCCUGUGUAGCUUUGAAGAACUUUGCAGUACAUUACCAGCUGUGAUUCUCUGACCACAUCCGGAGAGGCUUGAACUCCGUGGGACGCGGGGAUGCCGGGAUAUCUGGAGGUUCGACCGUAGCGGCAAGCGGUCUCGUGAUGUGCUCGAGCGUACUGAAGGGGGAACGGAGGCAGAAGUUUGCUUUAGAUUCUUGGACUCUAGUUUUCCACUACAUCUCAUUUCUUUAUACUAAACGAGAAUCAUUUGUUUGUUAAUGUACUGUGCCUUUAAAUUUAGACUCGCUGUGUUUUGUUUGUUUUCUGUUCUCCUUUUUAAAUGUCUGGCUGGCAGUUGUUUUCCCCUCUCCUUUUUUUUGUUUUCUUUUCGUUUUCUUCCCCCUCGAAAGAUUUGUUUGGAUGGUUCUAACAAACUAAGCUUGGAUGUAAUCAAACCUUGGCAAAGUCUGGGAUGGUCUGUCACAACCUCAUUUUGAACUGAAAUUUUUAACGGGGUCGCCGGUGCUGGCGUCGCGGAGGCCUCACCCCCCCCCCCCCCCCCUCUCUCCAUUGGCUUGAAUUCUCUUGUGUGGUAAAACUAUCGCAAGGGAGUUAAAAAUACUGAAUGUUGGAAGGAAAAGAUCUCGCUCACUCUAUCCUGGACCGGUAUCUAUUAAGAGAGACGACAGUCUUCUGAGAAAGAAACCAAGCCAUUCCAGUAUAUUAUCUUAAAUUUCUUUGUUGUGAUGAACCGCGUCUGCCUCCCGCCACUCCGCUCCGUUAACCGCACCGUUGAGGCAGCUAGUUCAGUGCCACAAGCUAGCUGUUUAGUGGUGUUGAAUUCAAAUCUUUAGUUGUUGGUUUUUUUUUUUUUUUUUUUUUUUUUUUUUUUUUUUUUUGCUUCCUUGAACUGUUCUGGAGGUGGCAAUUGGAUAUAUCGUUUUCUUCCUUCGAAAUCCUUUCUCGAAGCCGACUAAUGGUGGGCUUGUGGCAACUUCCAUAGCGAAGAGUUCAAAUGGCUACUCUAGGACCACGACGUCAGAGCGGACCGGCCCAGAAAGCCCGGCUCGUCUCUGAAGAAAUCCGCAUGCUAGUGUUCUUGUUUUUUGGUCAAGGAGAUUUUCAAACCGACUUCUGCAGCAGGCUUUUACGUUCGUUCCAAGUACGAUUCGUUCACGUUUUUGUUUUUCUCUUUUUCAAGCUGCGUUGAAUUCCGAAAGACAUCCUCGGCUUUACUCUCGAGACACGGCUCCCUCGCGGCCCCCAGAUAUCAGGGCGGACCGGGGUCGGUAGAAUUCGGCGUAGGCGACAGGAAACCGCACGAGACGCGGUGCGGGGGUGCGGUUUUGCGGCGAAAACCGGACUCGUACGGGUCGGUUUGUAGUGGAGGAGGUUUCCGUGGCGUCCUGGCCAAAGACGGGCUUCUGUCGAGCUCCCGUGCGCCCUUUUCUCGUAUGUUACUGCGGCGGCGUGGCCGUCCGAUGAGGGUGGGUGGGUGGGAUUGCGUUUAACUGAAGUGCAAUAGAUUUACUCUCAAGCGUGUUGUGCCUUUUGACAUGAAUUUGGAAAAGGUGACCUGAAGCUGAUGCGUUGACAGUAUUGUGGUAACUUGAGAGCAGUGGUGCUACUUUGGCCCUUCUGUGUUACUUAGGCCCAUCAAGUUUUACAAAAGUUGUUUUAUUGCACAUCUAGGGUUUUAUAUAAGUGUCUUGAGUGCAUGUCCUUAAGCUUCCAAAUGUUGUGUGUGAAGAUUGUGAAAACGCAGCUUGUUUACAAAAGGGGAAGGGUUCUCCAAUAGUUAACCAGGAUUGAUUUGGGACCAGGGGGAUUAGCAGUGGGGAAUUUAGCUAUUUGCACAGAUUACUAGAUUCUACUUUUGCUGCUAGUUUGUGUAAUUUAUUAAGCAUUUUUGAGAAAUAUUUAUUUUUAUAAGCCUAAAAGUGAUAGUUUCAAGUAACUUGACCAAAAGACAGUACAAAAACACUGGCACUUGAAUGUUGAAUGUCACCCGUAUGCGUGAAAUUUAUAUUUUUCGGGGUAGUGUGAGCUUUUUAAUGUUUAAGGUCAUUUUGGACUCUGCCGAAAUCCACAUCUGUAAUUGGUCUCUCUGACUAAACGUUUCAAUCCGAUCGAUCGAACUCUGAAUUGGCAGCCGAAAUUUGAACGAUAAAACAACCAUGCCAAGGUUUGGAAAAAGUUACAGAAAUAUUUUUGUAAAUGUGUAUCAGUGCAACGUGUUCAGAUUCUCCAGUUUUUUUGUUUUGUUUUUGUUUUGUUUGUUUGUUAUUCCGAUUAUUUAUUUUCUUUUUUUUUUUUUUUUUUUUUUUUUUUUUUUUUCCCUUUUUAAUUUUAUUUGUACCCCCAGUGAAUGUCUGGCACACGGCAAUCUUAAGUAACAAAAAAAAACAUGUGGUUAUUCUCUAUUGUUGCAUUUGCAUAUUGGGCUAUGGCGGUGGUGUUCUCUGACAGGUUUGGCUGAAGAUUCAGUCUUAAUUACAGAAACCGUUAUGGGUGACGCGUUUAAAGCGUGAAAUGAGAGGCUUUUAAUUUGACCUGAUCAUGUGGAAGAACAUCACCGGAGCCCUUAGAAUUAGAAUAUUUGCUUUAUGUACUAGUUUAGAGGCUGUGCACUGCACGAAAAAUGAAAUGUGUGUUUAUUGUAUUUUACCAAAUUAAAGUUGGAAAUUGCAAAUACAGAAACUGCUCAGACAUCUUAAUUGAGUGAAAACUAAAACCCUGCCAUUACCUUAAUGGAUAAUUCAUUUACUUACUUUCAUGUUGUUCCAAAACUAUAUUCUCAGUCAAUGCAGUGAUCGGUAGAUUGAUUACAAUGUAGUUUCAAUAGCAGAGGGGAAAUUGCCUUUUUCCUGAUUGUUGAUUUUUAGUUUUCUAACUUGUCUUGCAUUUUAAAAUCACAAAGUAAGAACAUUUUAUAGGACUUCGUUCAUAUUUGUGACGAAAUCUGAUCUUUUAUGCAAAUACAUGGUUCCUUACAUUUAAAAUCUUUUACAGCAAUGUUCUUGGGUCGUCAGGGUUUUUACACUAGACGUGUUGCUGACUUUAUUCAUACCAUUCAGAGUUGUACAUGUACUGUAAGUACAGGUUGAGCAAAUUCUGAUCUGUAAAUUUGACAUGUAACCAAUAAAAAAAAUUAAGGGUCA